GUUCUACAAAACAGGAAACGGUAACGGGGCUGUUUUCCAAAGAUUGCAUCCUCCCUUGUCCUUUUCCACCUGGGGAUGAUGAAGUAAUCCACUGGAAAAAAGGGGACAAAAAUGUGCACAGCUACUACUACCAGAAGGAUCAGCUGGAAAGACAAGACCCAGAUUACAGACACAGAACACACCUUUUCCACGAGAACAUUCCUAAUGGAAAUGCCUCCCUGAAACUUAGUAACCUAACCUGGACUGAUGAGGGCCUUUAUUACUGCUAUGUGGGAACACAGGAAAAUAAAACAGAAGUGGAAGUCAUGCUGCACGUAAGAGAGGAACUGUCUGGUGUGGAAGGCAGCAGCGCUGCAAUUCCUUGUGAGCACAGCAGCAACACUGCAAGCACUGAAGGUUUCAGCGUAGUCUGGACGCUGAUCAGAAGCACAGCGGUUUCAGUCCUGGCCUCCUUCAAUGGCACACCUCACUCCUACCAGCCUCGGGUCCAGAUCAACCAAAGUGACUUUUCACUGAUGUUGCUUGAUCUUACUGCGAGGGACAGUGGAGAAUAUCUGUGUAAUAUUUCAACACCUCACUACACAAAACUUACUGUGAGAACUUUGCGGGUUGAAAAUUCAGGUCACGCCGGGAAAAUUGUGGGAGGAGUGAUUGCUGCAGUGGUGCCGUUUGCAGGAGUCUCCCUGGGUCUCUGGGUCUACUUCAAG